UGUUGAUGAAGCCGAACCAUUUGAGCUGCUGAGGCUGUGACAUCGACUAUUUCCUGGUUCCUGCUCUCUGCUGUACCUGGCUUCGGUUUGACAGUUGUCAGAACCUGAUGAUUGUAAGCUCGCUCACCCGUCGAGGAUUAACACACUCACACCUCCAUGCUCACCUGAGGAAACCACGGAGCAGCCAAGACAUGGCCAGGCCCAGUUCAGAUCUGGCAGCAUUCAGGGAGAUUUUCUCCAAGUCCAAGAACAUAGCCAUCCUCACCGGAGCAGGAGUGAGCGCUGAGAGUGGAGUCCCCACCUUCAGAGGAGCAGGAGGCUACUGGAGAAAAUGGCAAGCACAGGACCUGGCGACCCCAGAGGCCUUUGCUAGAAAUCCGUCCCGGGUCUGGGAGUUUUAUCACUAUCGUCGUGAAGUCAUGCUCACAAAAAAUCCCAACCCAGCACAUCUGGCGAUUGCAGAGUGCGAGGAACGACUGAGCAAACAGGGCCGUCAAGUGACUGUCAUCACACAGAACAUCGACGAGCUCCACCGCCGAGCAGGAUCGAAAAAUAUUCUGGAAAUUCAUGGAAGCCUAUUCAGAACACGGUGUAUGAACUGCGGUCAAGAAGCCGCCAAUUACAAAAGCCCGAUCUGUGCCGCUCUGGAGGGCAAAGGAGCUCCAGACCCAAACACAGAUGAUGCCCAGCUCCCUGUCCAGCAGCUGCCACGGUGUGAACAGACGGGUUGUCAGGGUCUCCUGAGACCAGCCGUGGUCUGGUUUGGAGAGACUCUGGACUCCGACAUCCUCACCCAGGUAGAGACGGUGCUGGACAGCUGUGACCUGUGCCUCAUUGUCGGUACUUCGUCUGUCGUGUAUCCAGCAGCCAUGUUUGCUCCUCAGGUGGCAGAAAGAGGAGUCCCUGUGGCCGAAUUCAACAUGGAACACACUCCAGCCACCAUGCGCUUCAAGUUCCACUUCCACGGCCCCUGUGGGACCACCUUACCCCCUGCACUGGCACGACACGAGGCAGAAGGACAGUGAACAACAGUCCUGACCAUCAGCUGGACACAGACCUGACUGACUGUCGAACGCUGGACAACUGUAUUGUUUCAAAUACCUGAAUGAAUAAUAACACCUAUAACCAGCAUACCCAGACUGGGACUGGAUAAUAAAGUGAUCAAUGAACCUAGAGGACAACUGUAUAAGAUGUCAAAAAGGAAAUGCACAACAAACAGAAAUUCACAGCUCUUUUUAGGUUGAUAAUUUUUUGCCUUUAAUAGUUUAAUAUACCUCAGAAAAAUAAUACGUAGGUUUCUGUCAGCAAAUUUUUGACCACAGAUGCCAAAUGAAGCCAGAUUUAUCACAACUACUAAUCAGAAAAAAAGCUCUGAUGGUAUGGACAAUGCACCAAAAACAAGUGAUCAGUCAAAUCUAAAUGUGCUUUAUGAAGGAUGAAAUAUGAAGGAAUAUGUCAUCUUCAUUUUUUGUAAAUAUACAUGUUGCCAUGUGGCUGGAUGAAGAGCAGUUUAAUAUGAGUAAUGAGUCAAAAAAGUUCACGCGGUAUGAUCUAAAACGGCCAACUACUCCGGGUUGCGAUUGGUCCAAAGACACUGAAGCUGCAUCUGAAAAAUCUACUUUCUGAGUCAAAUUUAUUUUCAUUGGAUGAUCUAGUUUGAAUUAAUGGAAGCCUUCAAGUAAACUUUAGCCUUGAAGUAACCCUGUUCACCAUAUCUGCACUAAAUAAGAACUCAAGUUGUUUCAAUUAAAAUCAAAAAAGUACAUUAAUGUAGCUGCUUUGGCACCAGUUUCUAUGUAAUUCACUGUGUUAUAUAAAUGUUGGUGUUUAUAAAACCAGAUACUGAAGAAAAAAAUAAAACUGACUUAACCUUAAAUACCAUCACAGUUUGGUUAAAUUGGACACUUGUAGCGACUGUGAAAUUGAAUGUGUGACAGUAGGGGGCAGUGUUUAGCUGCUGCUCUGUGAAUCACCCUGUGAAGGAUCUGUGGGCUCUGCCUGGGAUAUGUGGUGUGUGACAGUUCAGCAUUAUCUGAAUUUAUAGCCUCUAAUGAAUACUGUGUGAUGUCUUCCCGUAAACUGCAGUUAAACUUGGGAAACCCAGUGACUAUGCAUGUUUUCACAGACGCAAGAAGUGGUUUUACAUGGAUGUCAUGGGAGUUGUGGGAGUUUUUAUGUCUGCGUUGAGGUUCGAUAAGAUAAUUUAAAUAAAAACGAGUUAGGUGA